AUGGGAAACUAUUGCGUGUCCAGGGAUGAUGAUCCGCAGCAGUCGAGACGCCAGUACGAGAGCUACACCUUCCUUCGACACCAAAUCGUGGAGAAGCUUAGCAACGAUGUCCUGGCGACCGAGUGCAGGCACUUGUACGAAGAGGACACCUUGAACUGGGCGCUCACAGCAUUUAUGCAAUGCAGACUGGUUUUCAUCACUGUGUCAGGUUUGCUCGAAGUCUGUUUACCCUUCAUUGUGCGGGUCUCUUGCAACGAUCCGCAGACGCAGCAGCGGAUAUUGCAAUCUGUCGAUGAGCUGUACCCAGGGCCUCCGCAGAGAAGCGUUACACAGGCCACAUUCAUCGAGUUCAACCGACUUGCCCUGAGCCUGGCUGAGCAAGAUCUCCGCAGGCGAAUCGCCAAACUCAAAGACAAGUUUGGUGGCAACGCGCCGCCGGCGGUGCUCGUUUCACAGAGCUCUCAGCUGGACUGGGUCGGGGAGCUGCUGGGCAAAGACCAGGCCUGCAGCUCCCGGCCCUCCCAUUUGCGGCCCCAAGGUUACUAA